AGCUUAAAAGGAUGAUAGUCUGUCUCUGAUGGCUCAUGUUCUUUGUGCUUUUUGCAGGGUGACUUUUUCUUCAGUGUGUUUUGUGGGGUUUUUAGUGCAAACUUUUCACCCUUGAAAAGUUCUGUGGGAACAAAAGCCUCUUUUUCUCUGUCUCUUUCGAUAUCUUAUUUUUUUUUUUCUCUCUAUUGUAUCUAUCUAUCUAUCUAUCUAUUAGGAGCUUCACAAUCUUCAGCAACAGCAAUAACAUUAACAUCAUGAGUGGUGAAGGGAACAUGUGUGGUAAGGAUCCGGGUUUCAUGCUUUUUGGUAGGAGGAUUCCAGUGCCGGAAUAUCAGAUUCCGGCGAGCUCUCAAAUGGGUUGUCAGAUUCAAUCCAAUUCUGCAAUCAUGAAAACAGAAGCUGAAAUGCCACAUACUGCAAACUCUGAGCAACCAGAAAAUUCUUCUUCUGAUUUAAGGGAUAGCAGAGAAGAGUCCCUGCAUCAGGAAAAUCGAUCGAAACUGAACACCAAGCCUGUGGAAGACAGUACGGAGACUAGCAGUGCAGAUCAAGCUAAAGCUCUUAAGAAACCGGACAAGAUUAUUCGCUGUCCACGAUGCAACAGUUUGGAGACUAAAUUUUGUUAUUUCAAUAACUACAAUGUCAAUCAACCUCGGCAUUUCUGCAAGAACUGCCAAAGGUAUUGGACCGCCGGUGGAGCGACAAGAAAUGUUCCGGUCGGUGCCGGGAGAAGGAAGAACAAACACGUAGCUUCUCAGUACCAGCAAAUUAUUGUAUCCUCUGAGGGAAUUCCAACCACCAAAGACUCUUCUAGGCACCAAGUUUUCUCUGCUCUUGAAUCUUCUGCGGUUUUAAGGUCUUCCACGGACAACUGUACCGUGUUAAAAUUCGGUGUAGAUGGUUCUCUCAGUGAAUCUAUGGAUUCAAUGCUUAAUCUUAGAAACCAGAAAAGAAGUUUUGAUGCAAGCGCUUCUUUCAAAUCUUUAGAGAAUGGGGAGGAUGAGGUCUCCUUAUGUGGAUCUUCGGUGACGAUGAAUGCUUUUACUCAGGGAAAUGAACUGUCGGAACAUAUCACACCAAAACCUUUGCAGUGUUACCCUGUUCCUCCAUGGGUGCAACCUUUGAAUCCAGGUAGGAACAUGUGUAACCCUUAUAGCACCGAUCUCACGGCAGUGAAUUGGUGUCCCGCAGCGUCAAUGGUGGCGUUUCCCUCAAUUUGCCCCCCAAGCAUUCCCAUGCAAUUUGUUCAUGGACCAUUCUGGAAUGGAACAUCUUUAUGGGCUUCUGGAAAUGGAACAGUAUCAAUAGGUUCAAAUGGUUGCCUUUCACCUUCUUCCUCUACUAGUAACAGCUGCUGCUCAGGCAAUCGCUCGCCAACCCUUGGCAAACACACUAGAGAUGCAGCUUUCACAGAUGAAGUGAAAUCAGAAAUGUGUGUUCUGGUUCCUAAGUCCCUAAGAAUUGAUGAUCCAAAUGAAGCCUCAAAAAGUAUUAGAAUCUAAAGGUGAAGGGAAAGACUAUAUAUUGGCGGGUGUGUCCAAUCUUGGAAGCUAACCCUGUGGCCAAUUCUGGUGCUGAUGCAUUUCAGAGGAGCAUAUAUUAAGUUUCUUAGCUUCAAGUUUUCAUUUGGUAGUCCCAGUCAGAUAGAUAAUCUUGUGCAUACUACUUGGUUCACUUGCAGAAAAAUCUGUUUUGCAAGUAGUAUUAGAAUCAUUUGUGUUAUUUCAUUUCAAUGGUGUACUUAACGAUGAAGGUCCUUGAAAUUGCAAGUUCAAAAAUAAGAAGUGAUUGCAUCACUAAUAAUUGUUGGA